AUGGGGUGCACGGGCAAGGCGGCCGUGUGGUUUUUCUGGUUUCUCAACACGGUGCUUUCCAUCGGGUUUGCGAUCCUUGCUGCCGUCACACUGGAAAAUGUCAGAGAGCUGUACAACGAAUUGGAUGAUCUACAAGAUGCCAGUUCCGAAGCCCGCCAGUUUUCGCUUGUUGGUUUGAUGGCAGGAACUGUGCUGGGUGCCAUCCUCGUCAUCGGCUACUCGGUCUUCACGUUUCUGUUCCUUUUCUGUAAAUGGAUGUCACGAGGGCAGAUGAUGGGUGCAGGGUACUCAAUCAUGCAGACAGCAUCCAUUUACACAUCAGCUUUCUUGCUGCUCGAUGCCCUUACUUUGCAUGCUUCUGACAAAACGGUGGACAUUUCCUUCAAUUCGGAUGAAGAGAAUGCGUACACUGCAACCUACUUGUUGGCUUAUGUAUUGGUGGGAACGUAUAUCUUCAUGUUCUUUGUGUUUUGGUGGUGCAAGAAGGCGUUUACACGGGAAGCUCAACUGGCGAGCGAAGCUUUGAGUGCAAAAAACAGUGCACAGGCAUGA